AAUUGGAUUGAUUUGAUUCCUUUUAAAUAAUCUUUGUCUUGGUUUUUAGUUUAACUGCACCUGCGUCUUGUUGCACAUGUAUUACUUCCUGUACCACUGCUCCUUUACCACUAGUUGUGAUAGGUGAUUGUUGUGCUCUCAGGUGGAGCCCAAGCUGCAAUUCACAUCUGAGAUUACAUGUAUGGGUGAGAUUUUUCUAUGGGCUGUUUUUAGAGGAUAGUAUACUUAAAUAUGAACACAAUUUAAAAAACCAAACCAAAACAAAACAAACCCCACCAACAUACCAAAAGAAAAAAAAAAUCACCAGCAUUUCAUCAUCCAAAUAGUAUAGCAUGUAAUAAUAUAGCAUCAAAAUCACCCAUCAGCUUUGAUGUGUGAACCCUGGUGGACGUAAGGCUAGUGUGUUUGCAUAUUUAUGGAUCUACAUUAUCCAGCUAAUGUAAGCUGUUCUGUGUCCUUAGGGAUAUUAUCCCUCUCUAGUUUUGGGGAAGAGGCGGUAUAUUUUUGUUCAGUCAUCUCUCCUUUUUCUCGAAACUAAGUCAGUGCUUGGCUGUCUGUAGCUUUUAAUCUCUUUGGUCCCAACAAUUGGCAGUAAUCCAAGCUGUGUCAACUAUGGGUCAAAAAGAAUGCCUUUGACCUGUAGUUACCUUCUUAUUCUUCCAAGGCAGAACAGUGUUUUCAACCAACCUAGUACAUAGUAAUUUCACCUUUUGAUUGGGUCACUCAUGUAGUAUUAUUUAAAUAAACCUAAAACUGCUGUUUAAUAAUUUCUAGAGCUUAGGAAGUUUAUGCAAGAUGGGAGAAAAUAAUGUAAGAUAGAAGUUCAUUUGUAGUGUCUUUUUUCCUUGCUGUAUUUCUUUAGACAGGGCUCUUAUAAACAUUUAAUGACAUUUGAACAAUUGACAGAGUUGAGAAGAAAUGACUUUUUCAUGAACUUCUAUGAAGACUGCCAAUGAGCAACGUGUGAGCUUCAAUGCUUUGUCCAUGAAAACUCUUAGAGAAGAUGGCUGAUGUAAGCCUGAAGGAAGCAGCACUAAUAGUUGGUGUGGUGGCAGCCUGCUACUGGAACAGUCUCUUUUGUGGUUUUGUUUUUGAUGAUGUUUCAGCAAUUUUGGACAAUAAAGAUUUGCAUCCUUCUACUCCAUUAAAAAAUCUGUUUCAGAAUGACUUCUGGGGUACUCCAAUGUCUGAGGAGAGAAGUCAUAAAUCUUACCGUCCCCUUACAGUUCUUACGUUUCGUUUGAACUACUUGUUCAGCGAGUUAAAUGCAGUUUCUUACCACUUCCUAAAUCUGGUUUUUCAUGUGGUGGUUUGUGUAGUCUUCCUCAAGGUCUGUAAGCUUUUUCUGGAUAACAGGAGCAGCAUAGUUGCAUCCUUGCUCUUCGCAGUGCACCCAAUACAUACUGAAGCGGUUACUGGAGUUGUGGGCAGAGCAGAGCUUUUGUCAUCUAUCUUUUUUCUAGCUGCUUUUUUGUCAUAUACAAAAUCUAAAGGGCCAGAUAAUACCAUAGUGUGGACUCCAAUUGCAGUGACUGUGUUUCUAGUAGCUGUUGCAACACUGUGUAAAGAACAAGGAAUAACAGUGGUGGGGAUAUGCUGUGUCUAUGAAGUAUUUAUUGCUCAAGGGUACACCUUGCCAAUGUUGUUGGACACAGCUGUACAGAUUCUUCGAGGGAAGGGCAGUAUUCCUUUCUCUAUGCUCCAAACACUGUUGAAGCUCAUAGUCCUAAUGUUCAGUACAUUGCUGCUUGUAGUUGUCAGAGUCCAGGUUAUCCAGUCUCAACUUCCAGUGUUUACAAGGUUUGAUAACCCAGCGGCUGUUAGUCCAUCACCGGCAAGACAGCUGACUUUCAACUACCUCCUCCCUGUAAAUGCUUGGCUUCUUCUCAACCCCUCAGAAUUGUGCUGUGACUGGACAAUGGGAACUAUUCCUCUUGUGGAGUCUUUGUUAGAUGUUAGAAAUGUUGCCACCCUUACCUUCUUUUGCUUUCUGGGAUCUUUGGUUGUCUUCAGUCUACGAUAUCCUGGGGAUUCCUCCAAGACUGUAUUAAUGGCACUCUGCUUAAUAGUGUUGCCGUUCAUUCCUGCAUCAAACCUCUUUUUUCCUGUUGGAUUUGUGGUAGCAGAACGAGUGUUGUAUGUUCCUAGCAUGGGAUUCUGCAUUUUAGUAGCACAUGGAUGGAAGAAAUUAUCAAAUAAAAGUGUGCUAAGAAAAAUUUCUUGGGUUUGUCUGGCUGCGGUGCUAUUCACUCAUGCCUUAAAAACACUGCACAGAAACUGGGAUUGGGAGUCAGAGUACACAUUGUUUAUGUCGGCUUUGAAGGUAAAUAAGAACAAUGCAAAACUAUGGAACAAUGUGGGGCAUGCAUUAGAAAAUGAAAAAAAUUUUGAAAGAGCUCUGCAAUUCUUCAUACAAGCCACGCAAGUGCAACCAGAUGAUAUUGGUGCCCACAUGAAUGUAGGAAGAACUUACAAAAACUUAAACAAAACUAAAGAAGCUGAAGAAUCAUAUAUGAUUGCUAAAUCGCUGAUGCCACAGAUUAUUCCAGGUAAAAAGUAUGCAGCAAGAGUUGCUCCUAACCAUCUGAAUGUUUAUAUCAAUCUUGCAAACUUAAUUCGAGCAAAUGAAUCUCGCCUUGAAGAAGCAGAUCAAUUAUAUCGACAAGCAAUUAGUAUGAGGCCAGAUUUCAAGCAGGCCUACAUCAGCAGGGGAGAAUUACUUUUAAAAAUGAACAAACCUCUGAAAGCUAAGGAAGCUUAUGUCAGAGCUCUAGAACUAGACAGAACCAAUGCAGACCUGUGGUACAACUUGGCAAUUGUUUACAUUGAACUGAAAGAUCCAACAGAAGCCCUGAAGAAUUUCAACAGAGCACUAGAACUCAACCCUACACACAAACUGGCAUUAUUCAACUCAGCACUGCUAAUGCAGGAAUCUGGUGAGGCUCGGCUUAGACCUGAAGCUAAACAAAGACUGCUACAUUACGUGAAAGAAGAACCACAGGAUGCAAAUGGGUACUUCAAUUUGGGUAUGCUGGCAAUGGAUGACAAAAAAGACAUGGAAGCAGAGGCAUGGAUGAAGAAAGCCAUAAGUUUACAGCCAAACUUCAGAAGUGCUUUGUUCAAUUUGGCACUGCUUUAUUCUCAGACAGCAAAAGAACUGAUGGCUUUGCCCAUCCUGGAAGACUUACUGAGAUACUAUCCUGAUCAUACCAAAGGUCUGAUUUUGAAAGGAGAUAUCCUUAUGAACCAAAAGAAGGAUAUUGUUGGAGCAAAAAUGUGUUUUGAAAAAAUUCUGGAACUGGAUCCCAACAAUGUGCAAGGGAAACACAAUCUUUGUGUGGUUUACUUCGAAGAACGAGACUUAAUGAAAGCAGAAAAAUGUUUGGUUGAAACGCUAGCACUGGCACCUCAUGAAGAGUAUAUUCAGCGUCACCUAAACAUAGUUAGAAGUAAAAUUGCAUCACUCAGCACUACAGAACAGUCAUCACUUCCAGCAGAUGGGACUGCAACUGCAGCUGCAGGAGGAAAAAAAAAUUCAUUUCAAAAUUUGAAAGAAGUAACAAACGAUCAGAAAACCACCCAAACAACAGUUGAUAACAAUAAAGGGUACUCGAAAAAUAAGAAACUAACAGAGAAAAAUAGUAUGGACAAAGAGAUUCCCAGAAGAUCUACACAAGAAAUCAAAGACAUAGAGAAAAAGAGAGUUGCUGCUUUGAAACGACUAGAAGAGAUUGAACGUAUAUUAAAUGGUGAAUAGUCUUUACCAUGUCACAAUAGAAUAAGGGGAGAAUGCUAUUUUUAAUUAUUGUUUAAUAUGUGAUCUAACUGGAAAGUGUUCUCAGUGCUUUGAACAUAGAAAUAAUUUUGACUGCAUAUCACUUAGCAAGCAGCAAGAGGCAUUACAAUACUUUAUGUGAGAAAACUGCAGCUUUUAAAGAUGAUGUGGGAGAUGGGUGGGAAUUGAAGCAUAAAGAGUUGAGAAUAAUCAUAAAUGCAGAAUCCUAUCAGUGAGAAAAUAGCACUCAUAAGAAUCAUUGCUAGUCAGGGAUAUUCAGUAAUGCUACUUUCAAAGUAUUGGUGUAAGAACUGAUUGCAGAAUUAAUGGCAUAAGCCAGACACUGCUGUUUUCCCCCGUAUAAUUUUCUUUGUAUUAACAUUACGUACUUUUUAGUUUACACAUCAUAAGUUUAAAUCUUUCUAGACUUCUGCUGUACAUGAAAGAGUUUUUCUUUGCGUUAUUUGAUUUCCAGAACUUAACAAAAAGUCAUCAAAAUUCCACUGGUAUAUAGGAUGGUAUAUAGGAGGGUGCAACAAAACACUAAAAUUUUCAACUGCGUUCUAAAUAUGGAAUGAUAUAAUAACCUUUUAAUUGUUCUUUACUUACAAUGCUAAUGGUUUAUACUCUUUUACCAGAUAGAAAUCUUAUGGUGCUUUUAAGAUCUUUAGACUAUGCUUUUACUUUUAAAGGAAAAUUGUGUUUUUUCUUCAACUGUCAAUCAUCUGGUUGUUUUUUAAAAACUAUAUAAAAAAGGGUGGUUUUCUCACUUUUCCCCCAGUUCAUUGAAUGCUGAUAAAUGCACUUUCGGUACAGUAACAAGUAUGCUAUGCAGUAGUCCUUGUUGACUUUGUAUCAAUGGCUGUGGAUUGACUCAUUGGUGUAGUAAAUUCUUCCUUGUUUAUAGCAAACUGGCUUUACUAUUUCUGUCAUCAGAACAGUAUUUCUAUUCUCAUGACUUUUUACAACGCUAAUAUAAGCAAUGAUUGCUGAAGGCAGUGUGAUAAUAAUUAAGCCACUGAAUUUAGCGACGUUUAACACAAGGAAAUGUAGAUAAUACCUUUAAAAUACUAAGUUCUGUUGUUUUGAUACUUUGUCACGGGUGUGUGGUUUUUAUUAAAUAUUUAUUUUGACUACUAAAAUAUUCCCAUGUAACUUUUACACUAAUGCAUUGUUUUAAUUUCUUACAUGAAAAGAAGAUCUUUGCAAUUUCGGUGUUGCUUUUAUCCUUGUGCAAUGCAUAUGUUUUUGUUCAAAUACACUAUCCAUUACCUAAACCCUAUUUUUUCCUUAGUUAUGAGAAACAGAAGUAGUAUAAGAGCUAGGUUAAGUAAUAAUUUAAUUAAUCAUUAAAUCUAACUCAUACUCUUUUUAUGUUUUGUCUUAUUUCAUGAUGUGAAACUAUUCCUUAGGAACUCUACAGUUUAAACUUAAUCCUUUCCGUAACUGCUCAACUUUCUGCCUGGGGCAGUAAUCCAGCUGUAAGGUGUAAUAUCUCUGUGGGAGGGAUCUUAAAUGGUUGAAGGCCUGGCACAGACCUUUUCUUUGUUAUGUAUCAUUUGUAAUGUUACUACAACAACUGCUUGAAGGGUAAUAUCAAGGUGGGGAGUGGGGAAGUGAUUUUUAAAAUCAUUAUUUUAAAGCUGCAGACGGGAACAGGUAUAUGGUGUGCAGCUGUUCUUCAGUUUUAAAGUUUUAAGUGCUGCUUGUAGUGAAGCGCUUCCAGGAACCUCUUGAGCACACCUUAAAAAUUGCUGGUUUAUCUUGUCUAUGAAUAACGUGGAUACGUGUAGCUAAAGUAGCUGGUAUGUUGACCUUUAUCAAAACUUUAACUUGCAUGUUAAGUCUUCCCUCCAAACCUUUGUUUUACAAAAGAAUUAGUCAUUUUUCUGGGUCAUACAAAGGAACAUUCAUUUGAAAAUGGAAGGAACCGAGUAGUAAGAAAAGGUACUUUCUCAUGGAGCAGGCCAGAAUUCUCCUCUCUGUCAAGAGCUCCCAGACUUCCAAUCAGUCUGUAAUUUGCAGAGGGGAGGGAAGGUACAUUCUCAGUUUCUGCAGUUGAGCCUUUGUCAUGCUGCUCUCGUCUUGACCGUCCAAGUAGCUCUUCUUUAGUGACUAGCAACAAUUGUUAGAUUUAUUGACACUAAGAGGUGCCGUCAGGUUUAACUAAAAUCAUCAGACUAAUGUAAACUGAAGGAUGCUGGAGGCAAGUCUUUCAGUCUGUUAUCAGGUACUAUGCCCCCUUUGUCUCUUCUAAAGAAAUUUUAGUAAAAACAAGUAUUAUGAGUAA